GGUGGUGACAGACCAGUGCUACCCAUUCACCAGCCAGGAGAGCGUGUUGGCAGCUCAGCCCUGCAUGAUGCACAGCCGCUCCACGGGCCGUGGCAAGCGCCAGGCCACGGCUCAGUGCCCCAACCCCCAGACCCACUCCAACGAGAUCUACCAGUCCACCCCUGCCUAUCGCCUCUCCUCCAGCGAGAAGGAGAUCAUGAAGGAGCUGCUGGAGAACGGCCCCGUGCAAGCCAUCCUGGAGGUACACGAGGAUUUCUUCAUGUACAAGAGUGGGAUCUACCGGCACACACCAGUGGCUGAGGGGAAGGGGGCAAAGCACCAGAGACAUGGGACCCACUCGGUCAAGAUCACUGGGUGGGGAGAAGAGCAACUCCCUGAUGGCCAGACCCAAAAAUACUGGACAGCAGCCAACUCCUGGGGCACAGCGUGGGGCGAGGGUGGCUACUUUCGCAUCGCCCGCGGCGUCAACGAGUGCGAGGUGGAGACCUUCGUGGUGGGAGUCUGGGGUCGGGUCAGCAUGGAGGACAUGCCCCACAAGUGA